AUGGAAGAGGCUCAAGGGAGAGCUUUGAGCACCGUAUGGUCUCGCCUUGAAAUACCAGAGAAACUCGCUGUCGUGGAUGAAGUCCUAUCUGUUCAAAAGCGGCUCGCUACCACCAAGCAUAUGUUCACUGGGUAUGGGAGUCUAUACUUUCUUGAUGAUGCAGCAAAACUUGGGUUUUCUCAGCAUUUCCCAGUCACAUCGACCUCUACCCCAACGUAUUGCAUCGGUCCAUUGGCACAUCAACAUUUUAUUGGAUCAGCCCUUAUAGCCUCCAGGGUGAAUUGUGGCCCUUGGCGUACUCCACAAGAUUAUCUCGUUUCCGUCGCACACUCGUCACUGGUACAAAUUGAGAUGAACCAAAGUAAAGAUAUGACCGCUGAGCGAACGUUCUCCUUCCCGAUAAACACAGCAAGCAAUACGUCGGCUACAGCACUGUCUGAUAUGCUCAGAACACUUUGCAUGGUAAUACCACAUAUUCUUCCACACUCCACAACCCAACAUCUGCCGCUAGUGUGGCAUAAAGAUCUUCACUUUGGCAAUUUAUUUGUGUCUCCGAAAGGAAAGAUUACCUGCAUUGUCGAUUGGCAGGGCACCGAUAUCUUACCGUUGUUCCUGGCAGUUCGAAUGCCCCAGAUUAUCGAUGUGGAACGCGAUGCAAUUCUUCUGGAACUCCCAGACGAUUUCUCAGAGAUGCCCGAAAGAAAAAGGCUUGAAGUUUGGGAGAGGUACCGCCAAUCGAUGCUUCAGCAGUAUUACCCAGCCGAUCUUAGGGAGACUGUUCCCGAUCUUGCUGCUCUGUUGGAGGACGAUCAAUUAGCCCCCAUUCGAAAGCAGGUUGAAUUAUUCGCCCGAAUCCUUUUCGGACAAGACGCUGAGGCCCUUUUCCUAAGGGAGACUCUCCUUCGGGUUCAGCGCAGUUGGUCUAGCUUCCUUCGCGAUGGAGAUGGUGCUGUGGAAUGCCCUAUAAAUAUCGAGGGCGACGAGUUGACGAACCACCAGAAAGAUGGACGGCGUUACAAUGAAUUUCAAGACCUCCUAAAGGCCAGGAACAUCCCAGUUGCUGAAGAGGGUUGGGUGCCGUCGGAUGAGUUUACACCUCGGAAAGACGACCUUAAAACUGUGAUAAAGGAGACCAUCGAGUCUUUGGAGUGUGAACAAGAACGUCUAGAGUUUAGUGACAGGCUUCGCCAUUGGAAUCUGACUGAUUGGGAAACCACAUACAAUAGCCAUUUGAUUACGUGCACAGGUGACCUUCAGAUAAGCCCCUUGGAUUGA